AUGAAAAGCUGGGCAUCCUUCUUGGUGAUUAACAAGGUUCUGCGGAAUCGUGGCGGUAGGAAGAAAGGAACCCAGGAGAAAGUUGUCAGUAUCAUAGAGGUAGGAAACUCGGAAAUAAAGUUCUCAAACUUGUUAAUUAUUCAUAAAGAGAAAAUUAUAACCUUGACAGUGAGUGGUUUGGAUAUUGGAUACUAGUUACCGAGACAUUUCGCGAAUUUCAUCUUUCAAUUUUUGUCAAGAAUUCUUAUUCUUUUGAGAAGGUAAAUCAAAAACUCCAAACUGUGUUUAGUCCAAAAUCCAGACAUCUCAAAGUCAGCUGUGCCUCAUUUUUUAACCCGUAAUUAUUUCUGAUAUUCUGGUAUGAAAACACUAUAGGGUUGACAGCGAUAAAUGUAAUUGCAACAAACAAAAUACAGUAUAUUGCACAUGUGUACUAGUAAUCUGAAAUGAAAUACCACGUUUAUUCCUUAAGUGCCCUAAGCUUUAAUAAUUAAACUAUUUCUCAAGGUCUUAAAAUUUUAGACCUUGAAAGUGGGUGCUUAUUAACUUUUUCUACCUUUAGGACAGGUGCUUACUUAAAUAAAUUUGAUGAGCCAUUAUUUUUUGUGACAAUAUCCUGAUUGACAAAAUUAUUAAUAGUACAUAAAUGCAGGUGUAUUAUUUAAAAGGAGCGUUCACCAUACUGACUAAAAAUGCAACAUUGUUUUUUUGUAUUGCAGAGGGAUGCAGAAGUCGAUGAUGCAAUAACAGGAUUUGCCCAGCCCCAGAUUUUAAUUGCUGGAGAUAUUUUUGACAUAGAUCUAAUUUACAUUGUGGCAGAGGGAAGAAUUAUUUGCCAACUCCCCCAGAAAUCGAUUUUAGAUGCUCUGCUUGGAUUGCUGGGGAAUUGUUACGUUUUUAAUGUUUCAUAUAAUCAAAGCAAAGCCAUCCUAACUUUCCUGAAGCAGGCUGUGCUGGAAAGCGGACGAGGGCAGACACUUGUCACUGUUUCAUCAUUUUUUAAUGACUUGGGAAGUGCCUCAGUUCUUCAACUAGUACCUUAAUCUUUGUUGUUUUCAUUCUAUUGAAUCCUGUGUUGCAUGGUAUUUCGGUACAUAUAGUUCUCUUUAUUUGUUUUUGUUUUUUUUUUAAGGUAAAACUCAAACACUUAAAACAAACCUAACAUACGCAGCAACCUUUUAUUACCUCUUUAUUACCCUUUUUUGAUCAUUUGGUUUCCUUAACAUAUUGUCCAUGCUGUAAAAACCAAUAAAUAAGGUACUUACCAAGUCAUUCAAGACUGGCACUAGCAAUGUAGACAGAGUCAGAGUUGUAAUCAGAAGCUUGAGCAUUGAUAUAGCUGAAGCAUUGUAGUUCAUGAUUUCUCUUACAACUCCUUUGCCUCAAUCUACUGAAAGCUGCACAUUGUCGGAGUUGUAGGCAGGGGAACUUGACCAAUUCCAGGGUUGCCACGGUUAAGGAAAAUCUUUGAUAUUGUCAAAGUCAGGGAAUUCUGUUUACACGUUUAUAGUUCAUAAGUUUUCUCCAAGACUCUGAAAUACAUUUUCUUUCCUAAAAGAUGAAACGUAUGCUGCAAAGCAAGCAGAGAGAUCAAUUUGACACUGUGUGGAAAGAGGUUGAAAAUGAAGAGAUAAAUAUCAAUAGCCCGCAAAAAAAGCUAAAGCGAAUGUAAACAUCGAUUGUUUCUCAUUGAUGGAAGGUCAGUGAAAACUGUUUAAAGGUCAGGGAAAAUUCAGGGAAUUUUUUAACUUUCUGAAGAGGGGCAACCCUGAAUCCUGCCAAUCUUUUUUUUGUCAAAAGGGGAGUUGUAAUAGAAACCUUAAUUGACUCCAAUUCUGGUGAGCUUCAAUUCAUGAAACCCUUUACAACUCCAAUUGUUGAUUUUCACUAUAGGUUUUAAGCUCUCUUAUGAUGAUGAUUAUGAUUUUGACUUGGUCACAUUAGUGAACACCGUUUUAAGAAGUAGUUACUUUGACGCACCCAAGACAAGUGUCUCUCUUGGCCAAUUUAAUUCCUCAAGUAAUAGUAACUGUUCGAUCGAGAAAAGUUCAGAUUAAUCAAAGAUAAUGUUACAUAAAUAGGUUGGAAUACGUGUCAAAUGAUGUACAGAUCACGGUACACAUAUUCAUAACUGAAUAAAUGUUUGAAAUAAGCCUUAGUUUGGUUUCAUUAUUUGGCAAUACCUAAUUAAGGGAAGAAAUCUGUAGGCCCCAACCCAAAUUAAGAAAAACCAUAAUGGCCCGAUAUGAAGCUGAAUCGGUUACUUUUCAAGGGGUCGUUUGUGAGAAGGCCACAAUUUGAGGGGGCUGUUUUGGCUCCUGGAAAAUCCAAAGUGGCCCUAGUGUUUUCCAUAUUGGCCCUUUACAUGGUCUAAUUUGGCCCCGAUGCAAGGGUCAAUUUAGCUCCAAAUUUUGGUACCAAGACAGCCCCAUCUCAAUAGGGCUGAAUUGGCCCCGAAAACAGUACCGUUCUGGACUCACCCGUUUCGGCCCUAUUGGCUCUUUUCAUUUUACAGUGUGUUUUCUCACCACCUGUCUAAGAGCAACUUUAUUCUAAAUGUUGGCGUUAAGUGCUUUUUUGUAUAUCUCUAAAAUGGCUCGACAGAAUUCUUUUUAAUGCUUAUCACAUAAUCUUUAUGAUGUAUAUAUAUUCAUGUCUGAAACUUUCACUGAGAUUAAUUCACUACAAUACCUUGAAAUUUCAAGCCUGCGAACCGGCCAAAAAUCCGCAUUACAACCAUAUUCACUCAUUUAACGUUAUGCUAAUUUAAUGUGCACCAUACAUACCUCCAUGGCUAGUACAUUUUAGUACAACUUUCGUUUCAUGUUGUGAAGGUAAAACAUUGAAAACACUCACAUUGAAACGACUAGCCAUGGAGGUAUGUAUGUGGGGCAUUAAGAAUUCUGUUGAGCCAUUUUAGAGAUAAACAGAAAAGCGCUUAAAGUAAAAAUUUAGAAUACACUUGCAGGUGGUGAGAAAACAGGUUAGUUCUCACGAUCGCAAGAAAGGAAAUGGACGAAAUGCAUGUUGUUGAUUUCGAAGUUUUUUGUAUAUUGCUGUCAUAGUGAUAUCGACUUUACUAGAAACUUUUGACAAACUUCAAUUCAUAGUCAAUCACUGGUGAAAAUUUUGUGGCAAUCUUUUAAGGCGAUUGAAAAACAUCGGUAUCGUCUGCGAAAAACUGCAUCGAAACACCCUAACAAGUCAACAGCUACUUUAUUGUUGGCAUGGUAAUGCCGAAUGUUUGUAGGUGACACCAAACCUAAAAUGAAACUCUUCAACAAAAGUGCAAAAUCUUUCGUUCUAGUUCUCCACCCCAUGGGAAUACUAUGAUCACAGAUGUGGAGCAUCUGGGUACGAGGCAGGAUUUUCGUUAGGAGAACGAUUAUAGGAGUUGUUAUGAUUUGCAGCUUAAACAGCUGGGAUAAAACCAAAAGACAUCUUCCAGUUCAAAGGGGAUUCAAACUCAUAGCGUGAGGGAGGUAAAGAUGACGCCAGAAUCAGAUGUCGCAAUGAAAGGCAGAAGAAAUCUCUUAAGUAUCCUCAGUACUCCAGGUCGAGGUAAUUUUAGUCCUUUACAGAAGCAGACUAGGUCCAAGAACAGUGGUAAUCUUUAAUCAAUCAGUAAUUUGGCAGAUACCCUAACACAGAUGCUGGAUGCAAAGCUAGAAGAGUUGACAACACGCCUAGAGAACAUGCUGACAUUGAAACUGAAGGCUCUCAAGGUAGAAGAUUAGCAGCUUGGAAAAAGAAUUUAAUGAGCUGAAGGAUGAAAACAACAACAGCCUCAAUCAUGUUGGGCAAUGCCUUGAUGAGAAGAUAUCAGCAGCAACCUGGGAAUAUGCAGUACUAAAUGAGCAAUACUCAACAGGGGCCACCCAGCAACCUAAUGCCCUGAAAAUUAAGAGUGGCUGUCUGUAAAAAUAGAGAAUUUGCUGUCAAAACUGAAAUUUCGAAAUUCUUCAUAUUCAGUAAAAAAAGCCCUUUGGUGAGACAUUUUCGAAAAUCACAAUCAGUUUCCAAAGAAUUUUCUUUUACGAGAAAACCGGCAAAACAUGAGAUGCUGCCUUCAAGCAUAUAGUCGCUGGUCGAAAACUCUUGAAUUAUACCAUUUUCAAAGCCCUUGGGAAGAAAAGCGGUUCAAGGAAACGAGUUCAACUUUGGCAGGUAAGUAAGGCAUCCCAGUAACAGUACUAUUUGCAAGAUAAUGCAUUUUUCACUCAGCUAAAAUGCCGAAGAUUCCUAUCUUCAGCACUUUCAUAAACGAUGAACUUUGGAAAACUUUGAAGGAACAAAUCAUGGCUUGGUGCAUGGAAUUUUAGAACAAUUAUUAUACCUCAGGAAAGCCCUAAUGUUUCAGUACAACAUAAAAUAUUCAGCUUGGGCAAUUGAAACACCUCCCGUUGCUCUCAAUAAUGGAAGCAGUGGACGAAUAUGUUAAAGUCCCCAUUCUCCUACAAAAAAUGGCAAAUUCUGCUUCCUCGACUCAAUGCACUAAUUAUUGAUAGGUUCUGUUAGUACUAAAUUUGUCUUGUAAUAUCAUUCUGUAAGACUAUAUAUUUUGUGAAAGGUUUGAACUCAGGAGUCAUUUCAAAAGUAGGUUGACUUUGAUCAUCCGGGUGAAUGUAGUCCUGAAUGGGACUGUUGUUGUUGACAGUGACUGACGUUUCGACAACCUGUGCCGUAGUCAUCUUCAGACUCUUUUUGACUCUGAAGAUGACUGCUGCACAAGUUGUCGAAACAUCAGUCAGUGUCAACAACAACAGUCCUACUCAGGACUACGUUCACCCAGACGAUCAAACUCAACCUACUAUACAUUUUGUAACUUUAGCUCGUUUUUUUGUAAUUCUUAUUUAUCAACAUAGUUUGUUUAGUUACUUUUGCUUUUGAGCCCUGGAUCAGGGAUCAGAUUUAUCACACAGUCUAACAAUCGCUUAUCACAAUAAUUUUUCUGCAUUAUAAGGUUUCUUCCCAUAGAAUAUCCUGGCCGACACACAUUUCUCAUUCUUGCUUCCAGCUGGCGUUGUUUGAUAAAAGCAUGGUAUCAUAUUCUUAAUUUAUUCAAUUGUUGAACGCACCGUAAUAUGAAUCUCAAGUCACUUUUCUCGCUUUGUUAUGCAACUCUUCCCACGGCUUUUCUCAACACGCUGUCAAUGCCAGAAGGCACAGAAAAUGAUUUAUACAUAUCUUUUUAGGGAGAAAUGAGAAAGACGAAAAAGGACAAAAAGAAAUCCUGUGAAAGAGAAAGGUACGUAAGUACAUCCCUGACUAAUUUACUCCUUGCAAGUCUCCAAGCAUAGAGUUUUGCGGCCGAUCUGAACAUAACAAUAAAUGACAAUAAGCUACAAAAGACAAACUGAUUCACUGAAAGCGGAAUUUACUGGAUAGGUCCUAAUUGCCUCAUUGCCUCAAGCAAGUCACGAGGCGACCAUAAAUCGAGGUUGGUAUGUUUUGACCACUAACUUCACCUUUAAAAGUCCAUAAAUAAUUAGAAUGGAUGGUAGAAUACUAGUACAAUGAAUUCGCAUGGAGAACUGGCUAGAAAAUCUUGGGAUUAUUUCAGCUCUAGGCCUUAUUAAGUACAACUAAAUAUAUAUAAUUUGCUCGUGUUUUGCAGUUGAGCACUUUGAAGAACGAAUGUCCAAGUGAAGGACUUCGAGUAUUCUACAAAAAACAUCCCGCUGGCAUCCAAAAAUGCGUACCUUCAGGUACUAAGCGCGAAAACAGAAUCCCUAAUUCAACGUAUGCACUGGAAAGCUUUCUUUUUUCUGAACAACAACUGCAACGACACAUCCAAAGAAUCUUACGGAUUUAAUUUGAAACGGUCACCACCUCACGCAGCGGAACUGAAUGAGUUUGAGGACUGUAUGCUUGAAAUGAUACAGCGAGUUGAAUUCAAGACCAAUACUUACCCUAAUGACCUUCAGAAAAAGCUCAAUAAAGACGUAAAAGAAAUACAGGAAGAACACAACAUUUUUGUGAAAGCAGACAAAACGACAAACUAUUACAAGACUGCACCCGAAGACUAUAUGACACUUGUAAACAAAAACGUUACGAAGACCUACAAGAAGACAAACCCGAACGUGCCAGACAUUAUAACUCUAGAGGACAAGAAGAUAGCAGAGAAAAUCGAACUAGCGGACUGAAUCGAAGUCUUAGCAUCAAGGGACUCCUUCAUUACACUGAAAGACCACAAACCAGAUUUCAUUAACAACCCGACCUGCAGACUCAUUAAUCCAAGGAAAUAUGAAAUUGGUGUCAUCAUCAAAAACAUCCUCGACCGCAUAAACAAAGAAGUCAUCCAAGCAACCAAGGUGAACCUGUGGAAAAGCACUAACAACACCAUAGAACGGUUCAAGGCAAUCCCAGAAAAGGAAAAACACGAAUUUAUCACCUUUGACGUGUGCGACUUCUAUCCAUCCAUAUCUGAAGACCUGCUCCUGAAUGCAUUAGAUUAUUCUUCCAAAUUCACCACCAUCACUCCACAAGACCGCCACAUCAUCAUCCACGCAAAAAAAUCACUCCUUUACCAUCAAAACUCUCCCUGGACUAAGAAGAACACAAAGGACAUGUUUGAUGUUACAAUGGGGUCAUACGACGGAGCAGAAACAUGUGAAUUGAUAGGAAUUUACAUGCUCUCAUUGACUGCAUCCAAAUUCAAAGAUGAAGUUGGACUGUACCGCGAUGAUGGUCUUGCGGUUUGCAAAGCCACUCCCAAAGAAAUUGAAAAAACCAAGAAAGAAGUCUGCAAUGUAUUUAAAUCAAAGGGCCUAAAGAUUACAAUCGAUGCCAACAAAAAAAUCGUUCACAUUCUUGAUGUAACCUUCGACCUUACAGACGGAAGUUACAAGCCAUACAUGAGACCCAACAAUAAACUCUUGUACGUCCACCAACAGAGCAACCACCCCCCAGCAUUACUAAAAAACAUACCACUUGACAUCAAAAAAAGGCUAACUAACAUCUCAUCCAGCAAUGAAGUUUUUGACGAAUCAAUUGCUCCUUACCAGCAAGCACUUGAAGAAAGUGGAUAUGAUCACAAACUAACAUACAACCCUGAGCCCACUCCGAGAACCAAAAGAAAGAGAAAAAGGGACAUUGCAAGGUACAAUCCUCCUUUCGAUUCAAAUGUUAAAACCAACCUUAGUCGAAAGUUCCUCCGCAUCGUCGAUAAAUGCUUCCACAAAAAACAUCCACUCUACAAGAUUUUCAACAGACACACUCUCAAGCUAAGCUACUCAUGUAUGCCAAAUAUGAAAUCCAUCAUAUCGUCACACAACAAACACGUUCUUUCCAAUGCAAAUACCACAACACCGCAACCCGACACCUGCAACUGUAGAAAAAAGUCUGAUUUCCCAUUAGAAGGAAAAUGCCUUCAAACUAACGUCAUCUAUCAAGCCACAGUUACUACUGAGACAGCAACUGAAACCUAUGUUGGACUAGCCACAAACUUUACGGAACGUUACAGGAACCACAAAACAUCCUUUCGACACUCGAAAAGAAGAAAUGAAACAGAACUCUCCAAAUAUGUUUGGAACUUACAAAACGAAAAGAAACCGUUUCAGAUUAAAUGGAAAAUUCUUAAGAAAUGUACACCCUACAGCAACAUUAACAAAAAAUGUAGUCUUUGCCUGAAUGAAAAGUUCAUAAUCAUCGGUAAAAAAGAACUGUGUAGCCUCAACAGAAGAAACGAAUUAGCAAGUUUAUGCCCCACAGAAACCGAUAUGUACUUGGAAACUUUAGAGUAAUGUAGCUUAAAACCCGCUUAUAUCACAUUUUUUAUAACGACAGAUUAUCCAUCUUAUAUAAUGUUGUUGUUACCUAGCAACCCUUUCAACACUUUCAUAUAACCUGAAUUUAACGCAUCUACCAUAGCAACCAUUGAAAUUUUCGCAUUUAGCUGCCAGCCUUCCAAUUCCAACAGUUCAGUCGUCAAAAUUGCCUGACGAGUGUGGUCCUUGCACCGUACGAAACAGUUCUGUAGCAAUAAAACGAUGAUUACUCGUGAAACCUGGACUUCUGUGAACUUAUAUAUAUAUAUAUAUAUAUAUAUUUUUUGUCUCUUUCAUGUUUGUAUUGAAGUACAAGGCGAAUAAAGGUAUUGUUGUUGUUGUUGUUCAUGCUUUGUUGCAAAAUAAAUGCUCUCACAAUUCAAGAAAUCUGCUAUAAUUGCACGGAGUUUAAUUUUACAGUUAUCUCGAACUCUGAUGAGAAACUGAGAUCGGUUCACCUACCAGUACUGGUAAUGGGCCAAGAAAGUAAAGGACAUAUUCCAUUACCGUAUAGCUGAUAAAUGCUUGUAUCAUAGAUAAUCUAAAUUAUACAAUUAGUGAAAAAUAGGUGGAACACCAAAGACUUCCCUCAGUGAAAUAAAAAGUAAUUAAGCCUUAAUAGUUUAUUUUCUUUAAUUAUAUUUAUACAAUAAACAGUUGAGUUUGUGAAAGGAAUGUUGCACACCAGGUACAAGUAGCAGUGUCUGAGGGAAUUUAAUAUCAUUGCAUUCAGCAUGGAACACCUCCAGUAAGAGGUCCACUAUGUGAUUCUUUGUCAGGGGAUGCGUGAUUUUUCUCACGCAAGAUUUAUUCAUUGCUCAUUCAUGAGGUGGUUAUUUUUUUAUUUGCACAAAAUUUAAAGACUUAAGUGACAAUGUUGAUCUACAAGAAGUUUUUCGGCCAAUUGGGCAAUACGGCUGAUACAGGAAUUUUUUGGGUCUCCCCCCUACCUAAGGGAAAAAAAUUGAGUUAAUGGCUGACCCUGAAAAGGUAUCACCACCUUAGAUUUGGAGCAAUUUUUACGUGAAGUAAGAACACCUGCUCGCCCAACCCCCAAGGAAUGACUAUGCAUUGCGGUGGUCCAGCUUCAUUUUAGAAUCAAUAGAGAGGCUCUACCAAUCCUCGUUUAUCUUUUAUACUGGUCCUCAAAGCCAUUACGCACAGAGAAAGCUGGGUCCAAAGGCACCGGAAUGGCUUCGAAAGUUGCGAGGCAAGAGUAAGGAAGAUGUGGACGACGAAACAAAAGCGCGAAGGAAAAGAAAGGCAUUGCAGAGCCUUGCAGAAGAAUUCAGAUUGGGUGUGUGA